AUGCGCGAGUUCAGGGCGCUGGCGGCGCUGCCGGCGGCGCCGCCGCAGCUGCUGUCGCAGAUCAUUAGCCCGGUCAAGCCGCCGCCCUUCUCAUCCCUCGCGCUGCCGGCCGCGCUGGGCGAGGCGGGGGCGACGGCGGCGGCGGCAGGGAUGGAGCCGGAGCCAGGGGCCGGCGCCGCGGGGCUGCCGCGGCUGGCGGCGACGCAGCUGCCGCAGCGGAUGGCGGCUGCGCUGGCGGCGGCAUACAACCUGAGCCAGCAGGCGGCGCCCGCCGCGGCCCCCGCGGGCCGCAGCGGCGCCGCCGCAGAUGGCGCGGUGCCGGCCGUGCGCGGCAUCCGUCUGACGGGCCCGCCGCCGCCGGCGCGCGUGCUGGUGUGCGCCCAGAGCAACGCGGCCAUAGACGAGAUCGUGGCUCGGCUGGCGGCGCAGGGCGUGUGGCGGCCGGGCGGGGCGCGGGAGGCGCCGGGCAUGGUCCGCGCCGGCCGGUCCGACGCGACUCACGCGUCCGUCAUCGCUUACCACGUUGACGCGCUCGCUGACGAGGCGUUCAACUACCACAUACGCCGCGACAACAACAACCAGCAGCAGCAGCAGGCGGAGGGGACAGCUGCAGCCGCCGCGCCGCCGCAGCACCGGCAGCGGGUGGAGCGGCGGCGCCAGGCGUUGGAGGAGCUUCGGGCGCGGCUGGCAGAGUCGGAGCGCGCGGGCUCGGGCGGCGGCCGCGACGGCGCCAUCGUGGGGGCUUUGGCGGCGCCAGGGCCUGCGCGGGUGGCACAGGUAGAGGCAGACCAGCAGCAGCAGGGGCAGGAAGAGGAGGACGAGGCAGCCCUGUCUGAGCAGCUGCAGCGGCUCAAGCUGGAGAUCGCACAGGCAGAGCGCGACCUGUCUGCUGCCACGCUGGCCGCCAACGCGGGCGCCGCCGCCGCUGGCGGCGGCGGCGUGGCCGCGGGGCGCGCGCCGGAGCGGCAGCGGCGGGAGCUGCGACUGGCCGUGCUGAGGGCGGCAGAGGUGGUGGUGUGCACGCUGAGCGCGGCGGGCGGCCUGAGGGAGGCUGCAGAGGCCGCCGGCGGUGGUGCUGGGGCCGGCGGUAACGGUGGCGGCGGGGCGGGCGGCGGCGGCGGGCAGCAGGCGGCAGCGGCGGCCGCGGCGGUGGCGGCGGGGAUGCCGCUCUUUGAUGCGCUUGUGGUGGAUGAGGCCGCGCAGGCGCUGGAGCCCGCCAUCCUGAUCCCCCUGCAGCUGCUCAAGCCCGGUGAGCCACCCCCCUUGCGCUCGAUUUUCUUGUGCCCGCCUGGCGCCUUCUGA